AUGGGCACUGCUGCUUCCGAAACCCAAACAAGCGACCGGAUAUUUUACAACAGCAGCAGCAACAGCAGCAGCAUCGAGAGCGACAUCCGCACAGUCGGACCGGCGCAGAGGAGGAAGCCGCCGAGCAGACAGAAUCUGAGGAAGGACGUGCUCCUGCUACACAGUGCAGAUUUUCAGGGGCAGCAGGUAAAGGCAUAUCAUCUCCUAGAGGAAAAACAACACGUCCCUCUUCUACAGCAGCACAGACUACAGGAGACAGAGAUCAGCACGAAGGGAAACGAGUUCUGCGUUCUCGAAGAGGGGGUGAAGAAAAAAAGCCAGUCAUGUCAAACCUUGGAGAGUGAGCUCCAGAAUGUUUUGCAGAGGAAAACGCAUUUAAAUGCGCACUCAUUCACCGACAUCCAGAAGACCACAGAUUGUGAGCAGGUGAAGUAUGAGUAUGAGCGCCUGUGGGAGGCUCUGUGUGCAGUGACUGUGGAGAGAGAUUGUGCUCUGUGGGAGAGGACUCAGCUCCAAGUCAAGCUGGAGAACCUAGAGCAGGUGCUGAAGCAUAUGCGCGAGGCUGCUGAGAGGCGUCAGCAGUUAGAGUUGGAACAUGAACAGGCCCUGGCCGUCCUCAGUGCCAAGCAGCAGGAGAUUGACCUACUGCAGAAGGUGAGAUCAUGCUUGAGGACAUGUCUCCACAUCUUGACAGCAGAUAUAUUUCUGACUAUCAAGAUCAAGAGUUAA